CAUUUCUGGGGAGAAGUAAUGUUGGAAAAUCUGCUUUACUGAAAGCUCUUUUGAAAACCGCAGCAACUGUAAAAGUUCGUGUUUCAAGCAAACCAGGUUGCACUAAAACUUUUCAUUUUUAUCAAGUUGGAACUAAAUUAUGUCUUGUUGACAUGCCUGGCUAUGGGUAUAAUGAACCAAAGUGGUUUGAGUCAUUAGUAACUGAAUAUUUAUAUAAAAGAAAAAAUUUAUUGAGAUUGUUUCUGCUUAUUGAUGGUGAGGUUGGGCUUCAAGAAUCAGAUCAACAAGCUAUGCAGAAUCUUGAAAACUUAAAAGUUCCAUAUGCUUUGGUUAUGACCAAAAUUGAUAAAGCUACGAACAGCAAACGUUUAAGAAAUCUUUUGCAUCUUCAAAGUGUACAAGCUAAAAUUUCAUCACUUUGUUGCUUUCCACAGGCAUUUAUGCUAAGUUCACAUACAAAAGAAGGACUGCAAUAUUUUAUGGCUUUUAUUGCGCACAUAAGUGGAAAUCUGAAUAUAGAAGAACAGUAAUAAAGAUAAAUAUAUAAUUCAUAUUAUUUGCUCUUUCUGAUAAUUUUGUGUGUUGUUUUUUG